CUACAGUCUGUGCAGUAACGGUCUCGAUGAAGUCUGUGAGGAAGACUUUGGACGGACGGUCGCCGUCGGUCGGUCAGGCGCGGUGGACGGCUUAACGGUGUGAAAUGUUCCUGGAACCUGGAAAUGUUCCGUUAGAAAAGAAUUCAAAAAGUCAGAGAAAAGUCAGCCGUAGAAGGAAUGAUAGUCAUGGCUGAAUGCCACUGAGCGAUUUGAUAUCCAUACAACCAGAGAAAAGUGAGGGCGCCAGGAUGACAGAUGCAGAUAUGUUUAAAAGCGUCCGCCGGAGGCCUGGGUUACAGAUAUGGACCAUCAAUAAAAUGGCCAUGACUCCAGUGCCAGAGCAGGCCUAUGGGAAUUUCUUUGAAGGCGAUUGCUACAUGGUUCUGCACGAAAGCCAGGACUCCACUGACAUCCACUACUGGAUAGGCAAAAACUCCUCUCAGGACGAACAGGGAGCGGCUGCCAUCCUGGUCACCCAGCUGGACGCUUUCCUGGGGGGGAGUCCCGUCCAGCACAGGGAGGUGCAGGGUUUUGAGUCGGCCAAGUUCCGAAGCUACUUCAGAAACGGAAUCAUUUACAAGAAAGGGGGCGUGGCCUCGGGGUUCCGACACGUGGAGACCAACGUGUAUAACAUCCUGCGUCUGCUGCAUGUCAAGGGGAGGAAGCACGUGACUGCCACUGAGGUAGAGGUCUCCUGGAACAGUUUUAACACUGGGGAUGUUUUUCUGCUGGACAUGGGAAAAAUCAUAGUGCAGUGGAACGGGCCUCAGAGCAACAGAAGAGAGAAACUAAAGGCUGUCUUGUUGGCUCAGGACAUACGGGACAGGGAGCGCGGGGGGCGGGCUCAGAUCGGCGUGGUGGAGGGUGGCAGUGAGGGAGACUCUCCUGAGCUGAUGAAGAUCAUGACGGCUGUUCUGGGCAAGAGGACUGGGCAGCUGAGACAGGCCGUGCCGGACCACCAACCAGAUCUCACCGGCAACGCAGGCGUUAGGCUUUACCACCUGUCAGAUGUCAGUGGGAAGUUGGUGGUACAGGAGGUUGCUAUCAGUCCUCUGACUCAGGACCUGCUCAAAUCCUCUGACUGUUAUAUAGUGGAUCAGGGUGGUUCACAUGUGUCAGUGUGGAAGGGAAAAGGUGCCUCAGAAGGAGAGAGAAAGGAGGCCCUGUCACGGGCUAUGAGUUUUCUAAAAGCGAAGAGCUACCCGUCAGGCACUAAAGUGGAGGUGAUGUGUGAGGGGGCGGAGACAGCCAUGUUUAAACAUCUCUUUAAGACCUGGACAGAGCCCAACCAAACCCAGGGUCUGGGCAAGACCCACUCACGCGGCAGGAUAGCCAAAGUGGACAGGGUGAGAUUUGAUGUUAUGGAGCUCCAUGCUGACCCUCAGCUGGCUGCACAGGAACGAAUGGUGGACGACGCCUCUGGAGACGUACAGAUCUGGCGGAUUGAGAAUCUGGAGCGGGCGGAGGUCGACCCUGACACCUACGGCCAGUUCUAUGGAGGAGACUGUUACCUGGUGCUGUACACCUACCAGAGAGCCAACAAGCCACAGUACCUGCUCUACAUGUGGCUGGGUCGGCACGCCACGCAGGACGAGAUUACAGCGUGUGCGUACCAGGCUGUCAACGUGGACAACCUGUACAACGGACAGGCCGUGCAGGUCAGGGUGACCAUGGGAAAAGAGCCCAGACAUUUCCUGGCCAUGUUUAAAGGCAAACUCAUCAUCUACGAGGGGGGCACGGGGCGACCGGGCGUGGUGAACCCUGAUCCUGGUGCCAGGCUCUUUCAGGUCAGAGGGUCACAUGAGUUUGACACCAAGGCCACGGAAGUCCCCGCACGAGCUUCUUCCCUCAACACCAAUGACGUGUUUCUGCUCCAGACCAACGAUACCUGUUACCUGUGGUAUGGCAAGGGCUGCAGUGGAGAUGAGAGGGAGAUGGGGAGGGCGGUAGCAGACAUCCUGCCAGGGAAGGAGAAGCAGGUGGUGAUGGAGGGUCAGGAGCCGGCCCAGUUCUGGCUGGCUCUGGGUGGAAAGGCUCCGUACGCCAGUGACAAGAGGCUGCAGAGGGCGGAGCCACUGCACCGACCGCGUCUGUUUGAAUGCUCCAAUCAGACAGGAAGAUUCCGCAUGACGGAGAUCGACGGCUUCGCCCAGGAGGACCUGGACGACGACGACGUCAUGCUGCUGGACACCUGGGAGGAGAUUUUCCUGUGGAUUGGAGACUCGGCAAACCAAUCAGAGAGACAAGAUGCACUGACGUACACGGCCGAGUACCUGAGGACCCAUCCGGCCGGGCGGGACCCCGACACGCCGAUCAUCUCCGUAAAGCAGGGAUAUGAGCCGCCCAACUUCACAGGCUGGUUCAACGCAUGGGACCCUCACAAGUGGAGUGGCGGCUUAGCUUACGAGGAGAUGAAGAAGAAGCUGGGAGACGCUGGAUCAUUUUCACAAGUGGCUGUCACUGUGAAUAACACAGACCUGAAUCAGCAGGACGGAGGGACUAAUGGUGGAGGAGGAGGAGACUACAGCGCUCCAGGAGGCCCAGCCGGUAUCAGCUCCCCUCCUUCGAAUGGAUCUCAGGGGCCGCAGUUCUCCUCUGACAGUGCCAGCGCGGACACAGUACCGGGCCCUAACGGCGCUUUGGUUCUGAGCCCGGAGCAGCUGGUAAAUAAAGGCCCCAAGGAUUUGCCUGAGGGAGUGGACCACAGCAGGAGAGAAGACUACCUCUCAGAUGAAGAUUUUGAGAGUCUUCUCGGCUGCUCGAGAGCCGAUUUCAAACGUUUGCCGAAAUGGAGACAGAAUGACCUCAAAAAGAAGGCGGGGCUUUUCUAAUGAAAACAACAACCCCCCACCCCCCGCACCCCCUCUGCAGUGUUUACCAUAAAACACCGGAGUGGCUAUGACAUUUGAUUUUAGAGAGCUCUUCAAAUUCACUUACUGCCAAUCACUAACCUGUUAAUAUGUUCAACAGAAACUGCUUUGAGUGUCCCUAAUCAAUUUUUUUUCAUAAGGUUACAUGUGAAUACGACAAAUAAGAACUCAUAUAUCUGUGCCUUUACACAUUCUGUGAUUUAUUUGAGUGUAAAUAUUGACUUUUAAAUCUUUAAGAAAAAACUGUAAAAGAUAAUAAUAUAAUAAAGAGCAAUCGUGUUGAAUAUUUAACAUUCAUGUAACAUGUUGUUUGUUUUAACCGUAAUCUCUGUCUAUAACACCAUAAGUAACACCAUAAUUAUGAACACCAUAAUAAUUAUAAACGCUGUCAGUAAAAUCUGGUUCUAGAGUGGAAAAAAAAUUUCACCGCUGAGUCUGAUUCCUCUGUUCACUGAUUCAGAGUCAGCGUUUCGUCCUCUGUGUGAACAAUACUCGGCGUUAAUCAGUGAAGAAAAACAUAAUCCGCUGAAUUGCUUUAUUGAUGUUUAAUUCAUCUGCUUUCACUUGAGUGCAGUUUAGUAUGAAACAGAAGACCAAAGCAACAUGUGAACUAUUACCCAUGAACAGUUUUGUACAAUUACAGAGUUAAAGAAUUAAAGCAAUGCUG